UCUGUGAAACUAUUGCUCCUACGAACAAGUACGACGCUGGUUGUUCGGAAAUUUGCGUGAACAUUCAGCCUUGUGGAUCAACAUCCAAUAAUGCGGUGUCUGUAUAUAUCAUAUGGCUGUUUCCAAUUUCCAAGACGUGUGAAGAUAUAUACGACCGUGGCAUAAUUCGAUCAGGCAGCUACAUUGUAGAUGGCGUCAAUACAACGUGUAACUUCUACGACAACACGACCUGUCCCCUCAAAUGACUGGAUUGGCUACAGAAACAAGUGUUACCUGUUUAUCGACCAGAACAUGAACCAAGACGAAUUGUACUCACACUGCGCCUCUCUAGGAGGACAUUUACUGACAAUCAAUGAUGAGUCGGAACACAAUUUCUUUCGUAUGGUUCUCAAAGGUCAUCCAAAGUACGCUCACACUCAAAUCCGACUUGGUUUGGUGGACGAGUUUGGUUUAGGUAUCCUUACGUGGACUACUGGGGCAAUUCCAAGUUAUUUUCCACGCCCAUUGCCAUCUCCGCCUUAUACAUCAGUUGUCAUGGAGAUAACGUUAAGCUCUGACUACAACUACAACAUGAUCGACGCAGCCACAGCUACGUUUAAUUUCUGCGAACUUCAAACACAAUACUUGGGCUGCUUCAACGUACCGAGUAGCAUUCAACCAAUCAUAUCAGAGUACCAAAAUAUGGAUUUAACACUGUGUAAACAAAUAUGUAUGGGUAAUGUAUCCAUUGAUGGAGUGGCUUUGAUCCAGCGAACAGCAUGCUACUGUACAGAAAGUCUACCCGCAGUAUCUGUGACGAAUAGUUUAUCUUGCAAUGUCACGUGUCCUGGAAAUUCUUUGCAGGUGUGUGGAGAAGAUGACGUUGUCAACGCCUACACAUUAUCAAAUGAUGAUAUUGCUCUGAACUGUUCUAGCCUAUAUAAGGCAGGCGUAUGGAGGAAAGGUACUUACCGGAUAGGGAAUUCCACUGAGGAAUGCGGCAGUAACUUGUUUGACGAUACUGAUUGCCCAUAUGGAUGGUUUGGCAGGAACGGAACUUGUUAUCAAUUUGCUUCAUUGGCCGGAAUGACGUAUACGGCAGCAGAAACGAAAUGUUUCAAAAAUGGUGGAUAUCUGUUCUAUCCUGGAACACAAGAUACCCGCCAACUGUUUAUGGAAGUAAUGUCCUAUAUGUCCCUUAGUGUCGACGGGUUCUGGACUUCUGUAAAAGAUGAACUUUUUAAUUCCUACAUGAGAACCGGAGACGGAUUGAUAUUUGAAAGUAAUGCUAGUGUCGAUGAAAAUAUUUACACAGUAUUCAACACAACCACUGGUCUAUUUCACUCAUAUUCAAACGGCACAUUCGGCGUUAUAUGUGAAAGAUCACCAGGUUAUGUCGGGUGUAAAUCCAUUGACCCAUCGUCCACCCCAAUCGUAAUGCCGUAUCUGCGAUUUGACAUGACAGUAACCCAAUGUGUACAGUAUUGCUUGGCGCAUAAUACUGCUGUGUAUAGUGCCAUGCGAAACUCAGAGUGCAGUUGCUAUGACGAAACGGUCGUGUUUGGGACGUCGGGCGACGAAUGUGAAGCAUGUUUAGGAUACAGUGCCCAGACAUGUGGAUCACGACUCUUUGCGGGCAGAUAUUCCGUGUAUAAACUCUCACACUAUGCCUCUAACCUGGCCUCCGACUGCCACCAGCUGAUGGACUACGGCAUCUGGAUAUAUGGUCAUUUUAUGAUUCGACCCCAAGAUAACAAUCCAAUAAUGGUGGCAUGCUUCUGGGAAAUUUUUCAUGCUAUAGUGGUUACAGGAGAUUCCAUGACGGCCAGCUCCUAUGAACCUCCUCACGUUCCUGCUUUAUUAAGUGGAACAGAGUUGCUGGCCAUUUAUAGCCCCGAUUCCGUGUGGAUCCCAGCUGAGAGUGACUUGGAUCCGUGGAUACAGUUGAAGUUGCCCGGUGAUGACCAUAUGGUGACUGGAAUGUUUUUUCAAGGUCGUCCUAAUCCAGAAACAAACCAAUACGCCGAGGCGCUGGAGGUCAGAUUUAAAAGUACUGUCGAUUCAUCAUGGAAAUCAAUUGGUUCGUUCCCUGGGAAUACCGACAAAGCCAGUAGUAGAACCGUACUAUUUCCGAGUCCGUUUGUGACGAGAUACGUCCGAAUAUAUCCGAGUGGCACGAGCGUCGCACUCCGAUUGGGGAUGCUUGGAACGCUGAUGUAUAACGUUGAUUAUGCGAGUACACACAUGGGAUGUUACGCUGUCUUCAACACAACAAAUACCGCGGAAGUCCAACGCCAUGCCUCUAUAGGAAGUCAGGCCGACUGUGCAACAAAAUGUGGUAAUACAGUACCCUUUUAUAGCUAUAAUGUUAUAUCCUCUGAAUGUAGUUGCCAUGCAAAAUUAAGCUAUGGCCAGCUUGGUCAAGUUGAUUGCGAUAACUCUGAGCCUUUCGCAGCUGAAGUCCACAGACUUUACGAGGUCAGCUGUAACCCACCAAGUGCAGUGGCAGGAAGCGUCAACGUGACUUCAUUUGCGCAUGUGCCUGAUGUGUUCACUGUUUCUUCCUCUAUACUGUAUACAUGUGACGCUGGUCACGAGUUCUUCCUGGAUAAUACAACCGUCAGGAACAUCACAUGUGGGGAUGACUACUUAUGGCAUGGUGAUCUAGGUGACUACUGCAGAAUUAUCAGCUGUCCAGAUUUUGACUUCCCUAAUGGUACGGUCAGCACACCAAGUAUUAUAUACAACACAGAGGUAGUGCUAACUUGCAACAUCGGAUUCACUACGACGAAGGGCGCCACAAAUGAGACAAUCCUCUGUCAGGGAGAUAAAACCUGGAACAGCACCAUCCCUGUCUGUCAAGUGAUAGACUGUGGAACACCUCCUCCUAUUGCUAACACAUUGCUGACAGAUAAUGCACAUACAUAUGGAGCCAACGUCACCUAUACGUGCUUCAGUAGCAUGCGUUUUGCCGUGGACACAUACAGUCUGACUUCCGUAUGCGGAGCUGACGGUGAAUGGGAGUCAAUCAUAGCAUCAUGCACUUCCUACAUUUGUAGUGACCCUCCAACUGUCAAACAUUCGACAAUGAACCUUAUCAACACAACCAUUGCCACGUACAGUUGUGCAAAACACAGUCACUUUCCUGAUGGCAGUGAGGUCAAAAUAAUUACAUGCAACGACAGCUUUGUAUGGGAACCAAUAAACGAAUGCAUAUAUAACGAUUCCCUGGUCGCCCAAAAGGGGGCAUCCAUCACCUUCGUCGACACCAAACUUCGCCAGACCACAAAGUCGCUAGUUGAUCUGGUACGGAGUGAGAGUACGAUUGACUGUGGAGAUCAAUGUCUGAGAAAUAUCAAUUGUGAAGCUUUUAACUACAACAAUGUCCUCACUGACGCUAACUGUAAACUUUUUAGCGAAAUGAUAGCUACUGAUGUUUUCGUGUCGUCGGUAGAUUGGUCCUAUUUUGAAGUUUAUGACAUACAAUACCUUCCUUAACAAACAAUGCAAACAAUGUCAAGCAUUUGAUGGGCGAUCAAUGUUUAUGUGAAUAGGAUUGCCGUGAUUAGAAGUUUAAACAUAGGCCAUUUAAAUAGAGCAAAAAUAGUAAUUAAGGGAUACAUUUUCUUUUCAUUCCAACAAAUUACAUGGAAUAAAACAUACACAAUUAGGAGACUACAGAUAUAUAUCAAAUAAAACACAAGUAAAUCGACAGACUACAAUAUUAUAUUGCAUACAUGUACCCAGAAGAAAAAUGUUAUAUUUACUUAAAGAACGUCGGGGCAAUAACCUGCUGAUUUACGGACAAGUCUUGUAUAUAAAACAUUGCUUUUGAAAUUUGCUUCCGUUUGUAAUGGACCGUCAUUCCACGAGUUUCAGAAAUAUAUAUCCAUUCCAGGAGUUUCAGAAAUAUUCCGCCAUUCCAGGAGUUUCAGAAAUAUUCCGCCAUUUUACGAGUUCUAGAAAUAUAUCGCCAUUUUACGAGUUUCAGAAGUAUACUGUCAUUUAACGAGUUUCAGAAAUAUACAUGUACCGCCAUUUUAAUAACGAGUUUCAGAAAUAUACCACCAUUCCAUGAGUUUCAGAAAUAUUUCGCCAUUCCAUAAGUAAAAGAAAUAUACUGCCAUUUAACGAGUUUCAGAAAGAGGUAUGGUCGUUUUCCGCUUAUCCUGACCUAGGCCACGUACAGCGAUAGUCUGGGCUAAAAAUACAGGUAAAAGUAUCACGUGACCACAGUGAUUCCCACAGUUCCAAAAUAGAUCGUCAUGGUCCAUUGGCGCGCUGUGUGUUGUGAACGGAUUACAUGUUUGUAGUCAAUCAAUACCAUAUGAAAUUAAGUUAAAUUGACAUGUUAAAUAGGAAUUUUACACUACUCAUCCAUGUAUGCCUGUGGUCGACGCUGCAGUUCAUUUACAUUUUACUUUGAAUGAUAUGGAGUAAAUCGGUUAUGAUUUUACUCUUUUUCAUCCAAGUUAAAAAUUUCUAUCUCAACAUUUCUACAUGUAUCUUGAUACUUAAAAUUUUAUAUUGAAUACGCGUUUAAUGUUAAAACAAAUUCUUUCAAAUAUGACAAAGAAAAAUUAUAUGGUUUUAUUCUUAGAAACAUAGCAAAAUAUGAGUAAGAUAC